UUUAUUUUGUGUCAUAUUUUUUAACAUGCAAUGAACAAUAAAUUUUCCUUUCUUUAUAUCAAUAUAUAAGAACAUUUAAAUGGCUUUUACCCACAAUAAAGAUUUAAGAUUUUCAAAUGCAGAUCCACAUUGCAAAAUAUAUCCAGUAAAUCUAUGAAACAUAAGAAAAUUAUGCAAAAUCAAAACCAGUUUUUAGAGUCUAUGCUUAUUCGACUUCUUGAUGAGGCUAAAAAAUUAUCGAACGAUAAAGAACUUCCUGUUAGUCCAGAAGAAGAACGCUCAAAUAAAACACUUAAAAAGGAAAUAGAGAAAUUAAUAAUUGAAAACAAGAAAAUUCAAAAAUUAAGAAGUAAAAAUAUAAAAAUUAAGGAAGAUCGGACUCAGAAAAAAGCGAGGUGUCUUACAAUCUUAGAGAAUAAUGUGUCAGAAAUAGAAGAUCUAUCAAAGCAGAUUGAAUCACUUUCGCUGAAAAAACAAAAGUACAAGGAAGAAAUAGCGAAAUUGCGAAAUUCCUUAACAAAGAAGGACGAAACUAUUAAAAACCUAAAAGCGAAUAAAAACACAAGUGAUAUAAACUCUGGGACAAAAGACUGUCCACAUGAUAAUAUUGAUUUACGAGAACAACUAGAUAGAUGUAAAAAGCAAUAUUGCAAGAAGGAAAAGUCAUACAUUAAGCAAAUCGAGGAUUACAAACAAGAAUCGCAAAAAUUUAAACAGUUAUACGAGAACCUGAAAUCCGAAAAAGCGUUAGAUAAACUAGAACAGAAUUGUUUCAUCCGAUCGGAAGAACCGAGUGAUCUACAUAAACUUACCCAAAAACUUAAGUGUUUAGAAAAAGAAUUAGAAGCAUCUACAUUAGAACUUGCUGAAUACGAGGAAGAAAAUAAAUGUUAUUGCCAAAAAAUCGAAACGUUAUUAAAAACUAUUAAAUGCUUACAAGAAGCAAAGCUGAGGUCUGAGCAAGAUAGCGCAGAAUACUGUGAACGUGUCAGCAGAUUAAGAACAGAAUUUCAAAAAAUAUGUGAAGAAAAAAACAAAGAUAUACAAGAACUAAAUAAAAAAUUGCAGGUUAUGAAAAAUCAUGAAAAAGAAAUUAUAGAUUUAAUGGCUGACAAAGAUGAAGAAAUAAAAUUACUUAAAGAAAGAAUAUUUCAACUUGAUAGUGAUAAUAAAAAAUAUGUAGUCAUGGAAAGUAAAUACAAGGAGUGCCAACAAGAAUACGAAACUUAUAUCAAUCAUUUAAACGCCUCGCAAAAGCUGUUGACAGAAACCUAUUCCAAACUUGAUUCUUGCGACAAAAUAAUCAACGAUCUUAAAAACAGAAAUAAUACUUUAGAAGAAAAAAUAAGCGAAUUGCAAUUUUCUCUCGAUGAAAAAGUGAAUGGAAUCGCUAAUUGGGAAAUAAAGAUAAACGAAUUACAAUGUGCAAAUCUUAAACUUAAUAAAGAAUUAAAAACUAAAGAAUCUGCUAUACGAAGUCUUGAAACUUGCCUUCAAAGGAGUAAUCGAAUAUUAGAGAACUGUGAAAAAGAAAUGAACUUUGUUGAAGAGCGCAAUCAGCUAUUUACAAACGAAAUGUGUCAACUAAAAUCGAGACUUGAAGCAGACUUACUACAAAAUCAGUACUCAACGGUACAAUGUAAAGAUAUGGAUAGAGACAAUGAUAAAAGUUAUUCGGAUGAAAAUAGCGAUACUGAAAUAUCAAAUUUAAAAAAUAAAUAUGACGAUUUAUUAACAACAGCUGCUGCCAGGGAAAAUGAUAUUGAAUAUAUUAAGUCACAAAUAGUCAAGUGUUUUGGUAAAGAAGUUUGUCAGUACACUCCAACUUCUGGCAAUGAACAAUCUGAAAUAGGUAAUAUGCCUUUUAACAGAACUAUUCAACUAGGAAAAAGCUUAUCACACGGCAAUGAAAACCACUUUCUAAAAAGACCAGAAAGUAGAUGGGGUAGCAGAAUGGAAUAUCAAAAAUGUAAGCCAAGAAGUAGAUCUCCAAAGAUGUCAUUAUAUUUUAGAGCAAAAUCUUCUCCAGGUAAAAAGGUGACCCAUAUAUUAAGAGUAAGAUCCUUUAGUGCUCCAAGCUUUUGCAGGAAUUGGGACGCAACCACUGUGACAGAAGCUGCUAUAGAUAUUCUAAAUCCUUUCUCGAUGAGCGGAAGUAAAUCAGCUGAUGAAUAUUCAGAAGCAGGUAGUUUAUCAAAACAUGUCAGAGGUUUAACAGUGUCUCACAAAAGACAACAAAAUGAUGUCAGAAGCGUAAAAAGUGAUAGUAGUUUAGAAGAUAAUCUUAUUAAACCCAUUGAAGCUGCUUCUAGUAGUACUUCAACUAGAAGCCCGUGUACAUGCAUGUCGGUGAUAUCAAGAAGAUAUAGUCUAGAUAGGCCAAGCAGAAAACAUUGUGGGUGUCGGUGACAUAUGUUAUAAAAAAUUGUAUGAGUUUGUGAUGUUAAUUUGUAUUUUUGUAGGACUUUUAUCAAAUUAUAUAAUAAUAUCUCAUGUCUUCUUC